AUGACGUACACCAGGAACAAUGCCAGGUGUAAGACGGAGCUGUUUCCUUGUUCCUCAAAGGUGAGCAACGCAGAGUGUAAUGGCCACCGAGGAGACCAGGACAUCCUAGACUGUAAUCCCAACAUUUGCACCAAUUCUUUAUCAGUAGAAAAUAUUUGUAUUCAGGUUCACUUCCCCGAUGUGGAACGCGUGGAGUGGCUGAACAAGAUCCUUGAACAGGCCUGGCCGUACUUCGGGGAGGUCAUGGAGAAAACUUUUCGGGAAAAAAUUGAGCCAAAGAUCAGAGCAAAGAACGCACAUCUGAAGACGUGUACUUUUUCCAAAAUCCACUUUGGGGAGAAGUGCCCGAGAAUCAAUGGAGUAAAAGUCUAUACCAAAGAAAUCGAUAGAAGACAAGUGACCAUGGACUUGCAGAUAUGUUAUAUAGGGGACUGCGAAAUUCAUAUGGAAGUAUCCAGAUUUAAAGUUGGAGUGAAAGGCAUCCAGUUACGUGGAACGUUACGGGUGAUCCUGGAACCCCUACUCACGGUCGUGCCUUUUUUUGGAGCUGUGACAUUGUUCUUUAUUCAAAAACCGUAUUUGGAAAUCAACUGGGCAGGACUUACCAACCUCUUAGAUGCACCAGGAAUUAGUUUCAUGUCUGAGACAAUAAUCCAGGACCUCAUUGCAGCCCGCCUGGUGCUUCCAAACAGAAUCACAGUUCCCCUGAACAAUAACAUCGAUGUGUCCUGCCUGCAAUUCCCUGUCCCAUGUGGAGUGGUGAGAGUGUAUUUGCUAGAAGCCGAAAACCUUGUCCAAAAAGACAGCUUCCUUGGUGCCAUUAGAGGGAAGUCAGACCCUUACGCGAUUCUUCGUGUUGGCGUGGUGCAGUUCCGGAGCAGGACCAUUUCCCGAGACCUUAAUCCCAUCUGGAAUGAAGUCUACGAGUUCGUUGUCCAUGAAUUGCCUGGUCAGGACUUAGAAGUAGACUUGUAUGAUGAAGAUCCAGAUAAAGAUGACUUUCUGGGCAGCCUGCUUAUCAACCUCGGGGACGUAAUGAAUGACAAACUCGUUGAUGAGUGGUUUCCCUUAAGUAAGACAGCAAGCGGACACUUGCACUUGAAGCUCGAGUGGCUUUCAUUAGUGACUGACCGAGAAAAGCUGCGCGAGGAUAAGAAUGGUCUCGCCACAGCAAUAUUAAUAGUGUAUUUGGACAGUGCUUGCAACCUUCCAAAAAACCAGUUUGAAUAUUCAAAUGGUGAAUAUGGUGCAAAGAAGUUCAAAGGCAACAAGUACCUCAAGCAGAAAAUGGAACGAGAGCCUUCAUCUUACACGCAGCUUACUGUGGGGAACAAGACUCAGAAAAGCAAGACCUGCAGUUUCCGCAAGGAUCCUGUCUGGGGCCAGGCUUUCACGUUCUUCGUUCACAGUGCCCACUCCCAGUCCCUGCACGUGGAGAUAAAAGAUGAUGAUCGGGAAAAUGCACUGGGAACCCUCGUUGUGUCAAUGUCCCAAGUGCUGAAGGAGCCUGAGAUGACUCUUGAUCAGAGAUUUCAGCUGGAUCACUCCGGCCCAGACAGCUUUAUUAAGAUGAAACUCAUCCUGCGGGCCUUGAACAUCGAGGAGCCUGAUCCACUAAGUGUCUCUUCUGGUGUAAAUGCCUUAAAGCAGCUUCCUGUACCUGUUGCAGAGAAGGGUGGAAAUCAAGCCAAAUAUUUCACUCCACCAAAAACAGAAGCCUCCAAAAUACCCCAGGUGACCAAAAGUUCUGCAGUGCCAGAAGCUGAACCAGCGAGGAAGGAGAGCAAUGCAGACCUUACUGCCCAUGAGAACUUGGCAGGCCCAGUGAAGGACACUGCCGCUGACUGUAUUGAGCCAGCAGGUGCACAAAAUCUGGAACCCCAACCACCAGCGACCCUACACACAAGGAUGCUGCCAGCACCCUCGAUGCCAGCUCUGCAGGAACUCGGGCUGGCCCCCAGUAUCGGUUCACUGGGUUCUCUUCCUUCUUCCUGCUUUGAUUUAAGUCGCACCAAUCCAGACCUGCACAAUGGAACAAACCAAGUGGAUGUGCCUUUGGGAGAGAUUCAUGUUACUGUGAGAUAUGCUUCUUUGCGGCAGAGUCUCAUUGUGAUGAUAAAUGGUUGCAGGAACCUGAUACAAUGUUCUACCCGUGGAAUAGAUCCAUAUGUCCGCAUCUACCUGCUUCCAGAUAAAAGAUGGACAGGCAGAAAGAAGACUACUGUUAAGAAAAAAACAUUGAACCCCCAGUACGAUGAGAAAUUUGAAUUUUUUGAAUCAUUGGAAGACAUUAGGAAACGGAAACUAGACAUUGCAGUGAAAAACAGCAGGCCAUUCAUUUCACAUGAGAGAAAGGAACUUGGAAAAGUACGGAUUGAUUUGUCAAAAGAAGAUAUAAUCAAAGGCUUCUCACAAUGGUAUGAGCUGACAAUGAAUGGACAGAGCAGGCAAUGAUGUCCUCAGUGUGCCCUUAUUUGUAUGCUUUAUAUUAAUGUAUAUAUGUAUAUUUUGUAACUAAUCCAUUUUAAACUUUAUUAUGUAUAUUGAAGGCAAAAGGUGUUGGAUUUGUUUGCUUAACUACCUUUUUCAGUGGCUGGUUAUUUUGGAAAAGGUAGAAAAAAAGAUGGAUUGAAUCCUUUAAAUUUAGACUAGAUGUAAAUGUGUAACAUGAAGCUUUCAUGACCUCAGCAUUGACUCAUGACUGGUAUCACUGAAGAAACUUAACAAGCAGCCUCCGUGUGUAUUUACAGUUGUUUACUCUCAAGAGGCUACGUGAGUGCCAAGAGCACACCAAGACCAAUUGUUUUUGCUUUUAGAGAAUCCCCUGCCCCUAAGGCUCUGAGUUCAUGUUCUGUUGACACCAUACUUGAAAUUAUACUAGCAAGAUCAUGGGUUUUCAAAAUACUGUUCUUCACUUCCAAGACUGAAGAGACUCCAAAAGAAGCAAUUACAAUUUAUAUCUACACAAGUCUAAGAAAAUUAUCUAAUAUUCUACUGUCUGGGAGUUUUUUUUUAUAAAGCAGAUUGCAGGUGCUAACUUGAAAUGGGUAUGAAUAUGAUUCACCAACAGCAGGGAAGUGUAUAAACUUUUUGAUAUCUUGGCACAACCAGAUGGUAACGCCUUAAAGUCUAAUUCUUUAUUAUGGUUACAUUUCAAAGUCUUGUGAGCUUUGUUAAUACAGAUUUCCAUGUUGGAAACAACGGACUAUAAUUUUGUAAGCAAGUCUUUAUUAAUGUGGGGGGAAACAUGCCAAUGUUUUCAGACAUUCAGUAUGUUUAAGUCUCAGAAUUGUAUAAUAAACUAUUUACAAAUUGCUCAAGAGACUGAGCAAA